CGGGCUCUGUGCAUGCGCAAUGUGCCCCGGCUCCUCCGCGCUUUAUAAACUCCCCGCUCCCUCGGCUGUCCCGGCACAGCUGGGUGGCUGCUACUGCUGCUCCUGCUGCUGCUCCUGCUGCUGCUCCUGCUCCUCCUGCUGCUGCUGCUGUAGCAGUAGCGUCUGCUAUGUCCCAGCGCCAGAGCUCUCAGGCGUAGCCCGUGCACGAGACCGCCAUCGCUCGUCUGCCAGACAACAGAGAUGGCCAUGGCUUGCCCAGAGUGUUCCUUCUGCAGUCACAAGGAGGCGGUGCACAGUCGCCAGUACGGCGUGCGCUCCUACCUGCACUACUUCUACCGCAGCGGACGAUGCGGCGCCGAGUCGGAGGGGGGUGCCUGCGGAAACCCGAGGCUCGAGACGGCGCGGGCGGCCGAUGACCAAUGCUCUGAUGAGCUGGAGAAGGAUAAUCGCCUGUGCGCAUCCAGCAUGUACAAUGCCGGAGCUGUGACGGGCUCCAUCAUUCUACUCCUUGGGAUCGCAGUGGUGUGCACUGGCUACCUCAUCCCCCCCAAGAUCGAGUCGUUCGGCAAGGCCGACUUCUUCGUGGUGGACAAGCACGCCCUGCGCUUCAACCGCGCGCUUGAGAUGUGCAAGCUGUCCGGCGCCAUCCUGUUCUGCCUGGGUGGAACAUCCCUCGCCCUCGGCAUCGUCAUGUCGGCGUGCUCUGCCCUCCGCUCGGCCGACGACAAAGGCGCUUGGUUCCAGUUCCAGGAGCAAGGGGAAACGAGACACAGCGAUGGCAAAGCGCGCGGUGGCUGGGCCAGUGCCGUGGAGAAGCUGCCGGUAGCGCUGUCCAAGGUGCUGAACGUGCAGCCCUCCGUAAAAACUGGUUGAGUGGCACUGGCGUGGCUGUUCUUGGAGUGUUUAAAAUUCGGCUUGUCCGAUCUUAUGAAAAGGGUGUUGACCGAAAUGAGACCUCGAUCGUUUGUUCGUUUUAACAACAGGGCAAUUAUAGGUGAGGUGCUAAAAUCAAGGCAAUACCAUGAAUCGGUGUGAAGACUGGAUGAACAGUGAAAGGUAGAGUUGCACUGUUGGCUACACGUGGUGUGACAGGCAGGAAGGCAGUUGUGACUGACUAUAUCUGCGGAUUAUUUCGUUCGGUGGAAUGCAGUUGAUUGGGUAGUUUUUCACCUUUUAUGUCAAAUGAUUCCGUGCAGAGAUGUACAUUUAUCUUCUGCAGCAUCAUCCUGGAUAUAUUAAAUACAUAAUCUGUUAUUUUGUAGUUGCAGUGAUAGGAGACAAUGCAUACUUUUAGAAAACACGUAGCUGUCGUGGAUUUGGGAAAAUGAAUCAUUUUAAACAAUUUUAUCCAAUGUUUCAAACUAACCAGAAUAAAGCACAUUGGUAUUUAUAUAUUUUUCAACGGGGACCUGUAGCAACAAAUAUUCGUAUUAUACACGUGUCAAAUAGGUCAUUUUUAAACUUACAUAUUCAUACCACGAUACCAACACAAAAUGGCGUAAUCUUCAAGCACUCCAACAGGGUCUUUAAAAUAUGCCUAACAGCAGUAGCAUUAUUUGGUGAAUAUUCCUCCAACAUCACAGGGAAACCGUUGGAACAGAGCUGUUGAUUUCGGGAAAAGUUCUUAAUACAACUAUUCAGCUGCUUAAGCAAUGGAAUUGCACCAAACUUUCCAAAAUAUUCAUGAAGAAACUCAUUUUUCGACUGAAGCAGCAAUUGUGUAAGUUGUAUAUGGGCAGUCGUGUUGUACAAAUGGCAUAAUCAUUCUAAUAGACAGCGGACCGUACAGCAGCAGCAGUCUGUUUUCAGAAGCCUUGUCUGGCAUCAGAUUCGUCCGAUCUGCUUUAGGCUUUUUCACGCAUAUUGGAGUUUGGUGAUUAUGGGGAACUUAUUUUUGACCCCACACCCAGCGUGUGUCAUGGCCUAAUCUUGCAACUGCAGGUUGUAUAUUAUUGUCUGGAACCUGGCAUAUUCAUUAUUGGUAUAUGUCCGAUUAACUAGACGACAUUCUUUAUGAGGACUACAAUAUAUCAGGGUCACACACAAGCUGCCCAAACUUCACCAAGCCCCACUAGGACUGACGAAGCCUGAAGGAUAUCGGAGAAUAUGAUGCCAGACAAGGCUUGAUGUAUGUUGAACUUCUUUCGCACCGUACAUAGCCAGCAGAUUGCUGCUGUUAACAGUGUACUGAUGUUGCUGUGCAUGCUAAAUGCUGCUGCCAUUGUGCGUGCUGCUGCUACUAUAUAUCUUUGCUGCUGCUACUGCUACACAAGCCACCUGGCCUACAGCAAGCCGUUAGGACAGAGUCGCAAUGAGUAAGCAUUACGGCUGUACUCACUGGUAACGUUCACGGUCCCGUUACAUUGCCAUUCCUAAUUCGCUCACCUUUGUGGUCUAUGGAGAACGGAUGACAGGAGGAGCGACUGAAGCAACAAAUGGUGGCGAGUCUCUCACACACACACAGCCGUACUCGAAUAAAGUUUUAAAAUGAAUUCUA